GCACUCCUGACUAUCACACGACCCAAUUAUUGGUUAUGACUUGAACAAGUCUACGAUUGCGCAGGCAAACUUUUACAGCGUGUCUUCACUUCAAACAUAUCUUAGUCUUUGAUCGUGUACUUUGAAGGGACUAAUCACUGUGGAGUCGGUGGCCAAUAAUGACUGAGCAGCAAUCACAAAUGCAUUCACGUCAAGAAUCCUCCAUCUCCGACGAGUUCGGCUCGUUUGUGACUGUACCUGCUACAGACGAUCCUCUUGGCGCUGGAGUACAAAGUUUAAAUCCGUUGACUCCUGGCUCUUUGGCUACUUUUGAGACGUUUGCGGAUGAUGCAAAGGAGAGAACGAAGAAGAAUGAGAAGCGUGUAUUGGAUGAACUACGCGCGCAUGAAGAGGAUCCGUUGGCAUGGCUUAACUCAGGUAACGAAUCGAAGCAGUCCGAGGGACUAGAAACAAAUGCUUCAAUUCCCGGGACUCCGAGCAACACAGUCGAGGAUGCGGUCGAAGCUCCUGACCCAGCUCUCAAUCUGUUCAAGACAGAUGUCUUAGACAGACGCAGAUCAUCUUCUCGCCCGACCGUAACUGAUUCACCUGGACUUAUCUCACUAGAGGACAAUGGCCAAGGACCAAUUUCGUCCGAGGACGGACAAGUUCCGAGCGAGGCGUCAUCAGUCGCAGCACCUCAUGCUAUACCUGUUUCCUCCAAAUCGGAUCCUUUGGGAAAUGUUUCGCCCUCUUUUGAUCCCAAUAACGAGACUUCACGACGCUCGUCUUCUUCCUUCCUCAGAAGACCUAUUCUUGAGUCAAAUGAAGGGCCAAGAGAACGUGCAGAGAGGAACGAAAAGCGAGUACUCGACGAACUUCGCGCUCACGAAGAUGGUCCUCUAGGAUGGUUAAAAUCAAAUACGGAGGACGAUGAGACAUUAUCUUUCGCUUUACGUGAAGCAGGUUCAACGCUCAUUGAUCUAAGCACGCCCAGUUCCGAAGUACCUCCUCGCUCUCCCACUCCUUCAACUUCAGCUGCAAAUUCUACUUCUGUGUCUGCUCCAAUGUCUCCUCGACCUCCUUCGUUGCCGCGUGCAGCUUCGUCCCCACUAAUCCCCCGGUCUCCCGAUCGAGCGCGGAGCCAAUCUCCACCUGGUCGCGUGCCAAAAUCGCCGAGUAUUGGUUCAUCCCUUUCAAGGAGUUGGAUGUCUUCACUUGGUCUCUUUGGUACGGCGCGAGCUGUUCCCGCUUCCUCUUCACCCUCUGCCGCUCAUGGGACACACGACGCGCCUGCAGACGCUGGUGGUGCUGGCCUUAGUCCGACUCAGUCCACAUUACAUGCACUGUUUGCACGCGCUACUUCGGCUACUCCUUCACCAUCUCGACAUUCGCGAUUCGCCACGGAGGGUCACUCGCCCAUGCAUGCGGCGACAUUGCCAUUACCUACUGCACCGAUAUUACAUCCUGAUGCGUCGCCUUUCUCAACUCAUGUGUAUAUUCCUCCGAGUGGUGCACCUGGGUUUGCGGGAGAACGGAACUGGAAUCCAGGAGAUUUUGAAUUUGAUCCGAAGCGAAAUACGACGGAUGGAAAAACUGUAAAACUCGUAGGAAGGAGAGAGGUUACGAACCCUGUGCUGGACUCAGCACUCGCGGCUGCACUGCGAUCGCAUUUACCACCCUUAAAUCGUCUCGCGCAGAGCUGGACUCUCCUUUACAGUGCAGAUCAGCACGGCCUCUCACUAAAUACUCUGUACGCACGCUGUGCACCGCCUGUCAUUGUAGGUGGCGGUGGAAUCGUUCCAGGUACAAAUAAUGGUGCUCUCAUCGCUAUACAAGAUGCAGAGGGUGGGGUUUUCGGGGCAUGGGUUCCAGAGGGUGUGCACCUGAGUCAUGGAAGCUAUUACGGUGGAGGCGAUUCAUUCUUAUGGAGCGUAGACAAGAAAGACGAGAACGUUGCCGAAGAACUAUGCGUGUAUAAAUGGACAGGGCGUAAUGAGUAUGUUGUGUACUGCGAUAAUGACGGAUUUUCUUUUGGAGGAGGAGAUGGGCAUUACGGACUGUACGUCGACGCGAGUCUUGUAGAAGGGACUACGCAUCCCUGCCCGACGUUUGAUAACGGAUUUCUUGCACAUGGUGAGCAGAAGGGGAGGAUGGUUUCCUUUGAUGCGGUUGGGUUGGAGGUAUGGUCUGUUGGGUCUUAAAUCACUUGCAGAGAUCAACAUUCUCUCCCUUUUGCUUAUCGAAGUUGCUUUUGUCACGGAUUCAAUCAUGUAUGGACAUGGACAAUUUCUCAG